AUGGCCCAGCGGCCCUCCCUGAUCCCCCCCCUCGACCUCCCCGGCAUUGGUGGCGGCCCCGAGCGCAGGAAGAAGAAGAAGGUGACGCCCAUUGAUCUAUCAGAGCUCGAGGCUUGGGCCGCCUCCAUGAACGCCCAGUUUGAGGAGGCCGAGCGGUUCCACCUCGUUGUGGACGUGUCCGGAGCCGCGGGUCCUGUUCCGGGAGGGGCUGGGGUCCCACCGGGGACCCCUCUUUGGGGGCUCCCGGCCCUGCGGGGGGCGGGGGGAGUGACCGGUGUCCGCUUUUUGGGGAGGGGGCCGCACCCGGGCCCCUUUCCUCGGGCGGGGGAGGCGUCCCGGGGUCCCUUUGCCGGGGGUGGGGGCUCAGCCGCCCCCUGCCCCGCCAGGCGCGGGGGCUCUGACGCUGCUGCUGCCGCUGGGGCUGGUGGGGGUCGUGAGCGCGAGCCUGGGGAGGGGGAGGGCUGGGGGACCCCCGCCCCGGCCCUGCCCACCCCCCUCACCCUGGCGCUCGUCCUGGCCUGGGUGGGCGCGCACGGGCUCGGGAGCUGCUGGAGACCCCCGAGGAGCCCCCGUGAGACCCCCGGACCCCUCUGGGACCUCGGCUCGGCCGCGUCCAGCGUCGCCUUCGGGCUCGGGCUCGUCCUCCUCGCACGGCGGCGACUGCGGGGGGGCGGCACCGGACACCCCGUGUACGAAUUCUUCGUGGGGGGGGAACUGGGGUCCCCACCGGAGCCCCCCGAGAGUCUCCACUGGGAGCGGGUUGGGCUCUGUGCCUGGCUGCUGGUGCUGGCAGCGGCUCUGGGGGAGCAGCAGCGGCUUUGGGGGUCCCCAUCGCUGCCCCUCCUGCUCGUGGUGGCCGCUCAGGGGGUCCCGGUGCUGCGGCGCCUCAGGGAGCUGAGCAGGAAUUCCCCCCGCGGUCCUGGGGGGUUCCUAGGAGUCUUUGGGGCUCUGGCCUGGGGCCCUUUUGGGGGUCCCCUCCCGGCGCUGCUGCUCCUGCAGAGACCCCAGAACGGGCUGGGGGGAGCCGGGGGGGUCGCCUGUGGGGGGCUCUACGCCCUGGGGUUGUGGAUUUUCCACGGUGCCACCACCCAGAGGAGACUCUUCAGCCGUGACCCACAAGACCCCCGAGUGGCCGGGCUCCCCACAGUCCCCACGGCCACGGGGCAGGUGCUGCUGGCGGGGGGCUGGUGGGGGCUCGUCCGCCGGCCCGACGACCUCGGGGAGCUGCUGAUGGCGUUGGGCUGGACCCUUCCCUGCGGCCUGUCCCCGCCGCUGCUGCUGCUCCUGGCGGGGGCCGCGCUCCGGGAGCUCCGAGCGGUCGCGGGGGAGCGGCAGCAGCGGCGCCGCUUUGGGGAGGCCUGGGGGGGGCUGUGCCAGCGCGUCCCCCACCGCCUGCUGCCCCUCGUCUACUGAGGGCUCCUCCGAGACCCCUCCUGCAACCCCCGAGAUCCAAGGAGGGACCCUCUUGGGAUUCCUCACAUCCACUGUGGAGCUCCCAGCUCCCCUGCCCCAUCUACUGAGGCACCUCCGGGACCCCCACCACCAUUUACUGACACUGCCGGGACCCCUCAAAUCAACUGAGGGACCCCCUGGGACUCCCCCGGGACUCCCCAAGGACCCCCUCCCCACUUCUGCAGGGCCUCCAGGUCACACAGGGUUCCUCAGCCCCGUUACUGUGGAUCACUUUGUAAUAAAGUCUUGGCAUCUCCCCACCUUUCCUGG